AUUGAACGUCAGCGAUGAAUAAGAAGCACUUGUGUCGUUCAAAGGAUUUUUCUUACCGAAACGAUUCGAUAAACCUGCACGAUAAAUAUUUACGAAGGAAAUGCAAAGAAGGUUGUUAUAUAUGAAACAACUGGAUUACCUGGCAAUACCUCUCUUCGAAUUUCGCGUUCGAAUUUAUCGAAACUGAAAGCAAAUACGAAAGAGAAUAUCGUUAAUAUGGAAACAAGAGUCGGCCGAAAAGUAUAGAAAAGAGAAGGAAUACAAACUCUGUUUAAGUCUAUAAUUACGGUACAGCGAGCAUUUCCGCUAUGCGACGUAAGAGGAGAGGAAACUUUGAAUCGAAAAUGAUAAAAUCAAUGGAUCGUCGGUUAAGAUUCUGGCGGAAUCGUACGUUUUGGCCGAAGCUACGGAACGGUAUGAACGCUGCUUUUGCUUGUUACCAAUUCGGCUUGUUACCGAUUCGGUCAAGAACGAGCGAUUGGAACGGGUAGACCGGUAGAAUUAAGAACCAAUUACCACAAAAACGAAGAAUUAACUACGAUACGUAAUAUCUGUCAUUUGCGUUCGUGCCGUGAAAACGAAACGUCAUUUCCACGAAAAGUCUUUUCCUCCUCCGUAUUGGCCCGUAUGAAUUUCUUACGUUCCGUCCAACGACAAGAUACUUUCGCUGGUGAAUUCCACGUUGCGCGAUUUGACGAUUAACAGUAUCUUCUAAUUUCCGAGUCUUUGAUGACUCGAAGAGGUUCGUUUCGAAGGGAAUCACCGAACGAUUUCAUGUUGACCUUGAGCAACUUUUUUAGUCGGCGCGACGGUGACGGGCGCUCAAGGUUCCCUAAUGCUUUUCUUGCUACUGUGAUUCGUAUCUCUCGUACCGUAUCUCAUUAAUCAUCAGCUACGUCAUACUUGAUUAUUUGCUAAUCUACGAGAAAAGAGAAAUGUGCCAGAGAAUAUCUAACAUCGAUAGGUAAAAUAAGGUCAAGUAUGACAAAAAAAAGAGAGAAAAAAUUUUCCAAAAUUACUUUCUUACAUUUCGAGCGACAAAAAUCUCUCUUCUACAAUGCCUAAAAACUCGAAGCAACUCCGUUUAAAGUGUCCCAAGUUGCGCCUCUAAUAAUAAAUCAAGUAAUUCCCCUAGGCUUGAAUAAUUUAACGAUUACCUUGUUGCGCGUAUACUGUGAAAAUUCCACUUAAUUCGCCGAAGGAAAUACCUGCGUUCCACUUUUAUGCUUAGAUUGUGCAGCGACUUCCAAAAGAUUGGUAUGAAUUUUUCAUUAAGAAAUUAAACGUGCGAAAAUACGCGUUUUUUCUUCGUUUCUCUAAAAUCGAAAUCCUAUCUGUAUACGUGGUUAUAUCCGAGCGCUAUACGAAAAAGCGCUACAAUCUUACAAAACGCUGUUAUAUUCGCCAUUGUGUUUCAUUUCCGUAUACUUGGAACGUCCGGUCUCGAUGACCCGGCCAAUCCUAUGGUAACGUGUUCAUAGGUGGCGCGCGUCGCGACGCCCUGCAUCGACUUCAUUCGCCGCGAGACUCUUCCUCGUAUCGCACACGUUCUCUUCUCCAUCUCAUCUCCCGCCGUUCAUUUCCAUUGGUUCGUGCCGCGAACUAUGACUUGGAUAUGACGAGAAUCUCGUGACGCCAAGUCAAUCAGGUAAUUCAUCGAGGACGAUUAAACGAUGAACGAUGAACGAUCGGCGAGAACAUUAUAUAAAAUCGCUUAUAUAUGCACGAUACACAUGCUUCUUCACUUACGUUUGCGUUUUUAUUGCAAUCUAUGCACCUUGUAUUUAUUUAUUUAUUUAAUGCCAUGUAUUUAUAUUUCUUCUUGUCUCCUUUAUUUUUCUUUAAACAAACGAUCUUUUGUGUUAGAAUGCACGAUUUACGCGUAACGGUACGUAUAAUUGGUUUAGAAGGUUUGAUGUAAGUAACGUUGGCAUAGGCAUAGGUAUAGAUAUAGGUAUAGGUAUAUGCCACGUAUAUAAGUUUCAUUCUGAUCUUUAGAUCGCUAGAAUACAUUUUCCGGCCGCAAAUUAAUAAAUUACCUUAUCAUCGCAUACAACGGCAACACGCAUACAAUUUACGUAUAAUUAUCAGCCAGUUUCCUACAGGAGUAAUCAGAUGACCAAGCAAUACUUGUACAUACACCAAUAAUAUAAAAAAUUGCAAUUGAAUUUGCCGUGCAUCUUAUCUUCGCUUUUUUUAUCGACUCUGUGUCUCAUUGGCUUUGCUGUGUCUUCGCAAAUUGGCUUCUGUGUAUUUCAAAUUAAGAUAGGAUACCUACUAGGAGUAUUAAUUCGUACAUUUUUUUCUUCUCAUGCGAAUAUCUUCUUCGCAAAGCAAAUGGAAUUGAAAACACGCAAUUCACAGCGAUAACGUCAAAAUUAUUUCACACUCUGUAUUUGCGUUUGACUAUAUUUUUCCUACAUUACGUUUGGCUUCACACGCGACCAACGAACCAGGGGAUUCACCGCUGGAUAUUCUACCAGGAAAAACUAAAUUGCGAUGUCUCGAUAAAAGCUCUUCUCAACUAAUUUUAUUAAUUACAGUAAAACACGGUCGCGCAUACUUUUCGUCCUCUUUUCUAUUUUUAUUUUUAUCCAUUAUCUUCUUAUUUCAUCUUUCAUCUUUCCUCCAAGUUGAUUCUCUUUUCAGAUUUCACGUCCUAGGUAUCACGGCUGUCAUACUCAAAGUUACAGAGUACAAUCUUCAAAUUCUUCGACUUAGCAAUUUACGGUGCCCGUUAUUUAUUUGUGUUACUUUUGCUAAUAAGAUAAUUUGAAGAAGAGUUUGGAAUUUACUGCUUCGUUUAUUUUAAAGUUGCAAGCAACGUCGUGAAACAAAUUUAUUUUAUUCGAAUAAUCUGCGAUUCGAUACACAGCUUGGACAGUGCAGGAUGCAGACCGUUUCGAUUGGAUAAGCUUGAUGGAGAAUCAAUAGCGAGUGUUUCAAGGAUUUAUUCGUGGCAGCGUAUCGCCGCGAAUUAACUUACAACUUUCCGCGAAAAAUAUUUUUUCCAACGCUUUUCUCCGUAACUUCGAAUAGUAUGGCGACUUUCGCGAAAUCGAAUUUUGGCUGAAAUCGUUAGAAUCAUAAUCGAUCGUGUUUAAUUAUCGUGGCGUAGAUGAACUCGACAACGUUGAAAUCUUGGCUACUGCGAGGAGACCUUGAGAAACUAGAACAUGUCGUUCUAGAAGGACGCGGGGCACGUCUGUUGGGUGAAUAUUCUCCAGACCUGAGAACCAGAGUCUUCCUAAAAGGACUCCCAAAUUAUUUGACAAAAAUCUCUUUCGUGCACGACGCGGUUUCGCGCGGUUCUCUGGCGGAAACGCAAAAGCUCGUAUCGGAAGAACCUAAAAAAAAGCUGGCGAUUGCGAAAGAUCCAGCUGGCACUCCUUUGCUUCACAAGGCAGUCUACCACGAUCAUCAAGAUAUCGUCGAGUGGCUUGCGCACAAUUUUCCCAUCGCUGUUCAGCAGAAAGAUAAAGAAGGAAGAACCGCGUUGCAUUACUGUGCUGCUUGCAAAGAUCCCGAGGCAAUUUGGGAUGUUCUCAUAGAAAACGACUGUGACGCGAGCAUUAUCGACAAAAAGGGUAAUCCCGCUUCGUACUAUUUGGAACAUAGUUCGGAGGUCGAGCUACCGGAAGCGGAGAACAUGUCUCGUCGCAAGACCAACUCUGGCAAGGAACUUCUGGACUUCAAACCUUCCAAUAUAAGAAUAUGGAUCCACAAUCGAGAUAUAGGGAAACUACAACAGGUCCUAUGGGAAGGCCAUGGCAACAAAUUACGCAUGGAGACGAGCAACAAUCUGCGAGUGAAAAGAUUCUUAGAAGCCGUACCAUUCAUAAUGAGUACAACGAAAGAUAUUCACGCAGCUACGGUGAAUAACGAUUUAGAGGGGCUGAGGGGCACGGUCGAGGCCUCGUCGCCCAUCGUUCUUUGCGCCAAAGACGGCAACGGCUUGAACGCCUUGCACAAGGCUGCUGGUUUGGGUCACACGGAAAUCGCGAGGGAAAUUCUUGAAAAAUGGCCUUUCGUUGUGGAGGCGCAGGAUAACGAUGGCAAGACGCCGUUACAUUAUGCGGCUGCAGCAAAAGACGAUGGAACGUUAUAUAAUUUGAUAACGGAAUACGGAGCCGAUGAGAGCAAAUUAGAUCACAAACAAAAGGCGCCGGCGUUUUACAAAAAUCGGCCAUCGGAUAUCGACCAAUCGCUGUUAACUGUGAUACCGGAAGCACCUCGAGUUGCCGGAUCUUCGUAUCCCAAACACUGGGACUGGAGGAUUCUAGAAGCGGAACAAGCUAUAUCCAAAGGAAUGAAAAAAGCCAGCAGUGCGAAUAUCGAUAGCGCAUUUGGUAGCGCGGAGUCGACAACGAAAAACUUGAGUAGAUCUAUGGAACAAAUAAAAAAUGUCGAGGAGGAUCACGAGAAGGAGCAACAGGGAAACGCAGAAGACACAGAAAAUCAUGAAGGUGCAGAAGAUGCAGAAGAUGCGGCCAAUAGAGAAAGCGCGGAACCUACUGAAAAUACGGGGGAUACGGAAAAUGCGGAAAAUACGGAAAAUACGGAAAAUGCGGAAAAUACGGAAAAUACGGAAAAUACAGAGGAAGGGGAGGCAGAACGUGAAAACGUGGAACAUGCAGAAGAAUCCAAAGAACCAGAAACCACGGAAAAUAAGGAAGAACACGAGGGAGCAAACACUCCCGAAGACACUGAAGAGAGGUCUUCGGACGAUGACGUGGUAACAGGUACAGCGGCCCCGGAAACCGAGGAAAAUUCCAAUGCGGAGAACGAAACUGCGGAAGAGCUGAAGCCAAAGGGAAUAGAAGGUGAGGAAGAGAGGAAAGAAGAAGAAGAGAAAGAGGAAGAGGAAGAGGAAGAGGAAGAAGAGGAGAAAGAGGAAGGAGAGCCUGCAGACACGGAGGGAGCCCCGAAAAUGGAAGAGGCCACCGAGCAGCAGAAGGGAAACAAAGCGGAGGAAGAAGAAAGAAACGAGCCGAGUACAGGCGACUCUGGUGUUGAUGAUCCAGGGAACGACGAAGACCAGGUAAUCGUCGGCGAACACGAGGAGCUUCCGCAAGCAGAAGUAAACGAGGGCAGCAUGACGGCGGACCCGGAAAUCGAGAAGCUGCUGGAGACCGGCAACAUGGAGCAAUUGGCCGCGUUAGUGUUAAGUGGCGAAGGCAGAAGACUGGUCGGCCGACAUUCGGGCAAUCCUGAGCUGCAGGCAUUCAUCGAUCGUGUCCCUUCUUACAUGGGGAAAAUUCAUGCUGUACACAUGGCAGCGCAAGAAGGAAACCUGAGAGAUCUGCAGAGCGCCUUAGAUCGGCGCAAAUUUGCCGUUGCGAGAGACGGAUCGUCGCCGCACGGCGCAACGCCUCUUCACGUUGCCGUUGUAUUUGGAAACACCACCGUUAUCAGAUAUCUGGCAGGCAGGUUUCCAGAAACCGCGCAUGCGAUCGAUCUCGAUGGCCGAACUCCUUUGCACUAUGCAGCCACCAUAGCGGACAACGGCCAUUACUACAAUCUUCUACUUCAUUUGGGUGCCAAUCCUUUAGUUCAAGACAAUCUGGGUCAAAAGGCGGACUAUUACAAACAGAACCAAUCGGAAUUUUCCCAUAAAUCGCUUCUCCGCGAUUUCGGAGUUAACGAGAAGCUCGCCGACGAGAUGUUGGUGGACAAAGACGACAAGCCGGUUGAUAUAGCGAUAUUUCGAGAAGAAGAGGGUCGCUACUUGGCAUCGUCACUCGGCGAUCCAUUGAUCAGAGGUUUGACAGAAGUUGCCAAUACCCGUCCAAACGAUCCAGUUACAUAUCUGGCUACGUAUUUAUAUAACUUUGCCAAUAAGAGGAAAAACAGCGCGCAACAACAGGAGCCGAACGUAUUGAUCAUCCCUGAUCGGGCCGAAGAAAACAUAGAGAAUAUCGAAAAUGAAAAUGGGGACGAGGAUGCCGGUUAUCCACAAAGUCCAGAUUCCGACGUGCCAGAGUCAGCCUUUAGCAAUCCAAACAGAGAUGAACACGGCCAAAGCGUUAUUCACUUCGCUGCGAUUCGAUCUUACCCAAAGGAUGGCUUGUUCCAUUUGCUUCAAGAGAGCCAAGUUAACGUUGGUUUCAGAGACGAAUUGUAUAGAACAGCCAGAGACGUGGCUGAAUUGGCAAAUAUUCGAGAAAAUAUGGACGAGAUCGAUCGAUACGUAGCUUAUUUGACAGCAAGAGGUGAAACUGAAAAAUUAGUGGAACUACUGUUAGAAGGGUACGACCAUAUUUUAGACGUGGAAGACGAGGGAAUAAACAUCGUAGAGAUCGCUGCACAACGAAGAAGAGAGGCAACCGUACAAUUUUUACAAUCCAUUCCAAAUUACGUGACACAACGUGAACAGGUGCACCACGAAAUCAGAACGGGCAACGUAGCGAGGGUAAAAGAACUGUUAGGUAAGAACAACGGAGGAGGAAAGUUAUUGGCAAUGGGAAAGAAUUCGAUGGGCAGAUGCGCUCUCCACAUCGCAGUGCUUCGCGAGAACGAAGAAACGGUUCGCUACAUUGCUAAAAUGUAUCCAGAAACUCUACGUAUAGGUGACAAUUUGGAGAGAACUGCCUUACAUUAUGCAAUGGGUUUACCAUCUGUCGAAGAACUAAGCAACGUUCUUAUAAAAGCGGGUGCAAAACGCAUAGUCAAAGAUUUAAAAUCACGGCAACCCUCCUACUAUUUCAUGAACAAAUCGGAUAUAGAGAGACUUCGAGAAGAAGAGGAAAGUUUCGUCAAGUAGAUCGAUCGCGCGAUGCUGACCGAUGCUGCGUACCGUGUAAUUGUUCGCUUACACCUUUAAAUACUUGGCUAAAAUGCAUGACAUCCGCCAUAUAUACAUCGACGUCCUCUUCUGUAUGUAUUCGAAUUGUCGUUUUUCACUGGUCUCUGAAAUUCUUUUUCUCGAAAUACGCCUGGCGUAACGAACAAGUAGAAAGCACUCACCUGACCCCCGUGUAAAAGUUACGAUUAUGUAACAAAUCUACGUCAUGUAAUAUACAGUACGCUAUUAUUUAGCAUUAAUAAUACAAAUAACAAGAGUAUUCAGUUCUCUCCCUA